AUGGGCAGCCCAGUGGCUCCGGUGGUGGCCAACAUUUGGAUGGAACAUUUCGAACAGUUGGCUAUCUCCACUGCCACUACAUCUAUAAAGCUGUGGAAGAGGUAUGUCGAUGACGUUUUCUGUGUCAUAGAGGGGGGCGAACAAGAGGUGAAAGUAUGCUUGGCACAUCUAAACAACAUACACGCGAAGAUUAACUUCACCUACGAGUUGGAAAAUGAGAGGACAUUGCCAUUUCUGGACGUGAAGAUUUUAGUUCGUGCUGACGGCUCUCUGGGACACUCGGUUUACAGGAAAUCGACUCACACUGACCGAUAUUUACAAGCUGAUUCUCACCACCAUCCCAGACAACUAAACUCUGUAGUCACCUCACUCACCAACCGCGCAUAUGAUUUAUGCGACGAGGAACAUUUACAGGAGGAGCUGACACAUGUGAUGAAGGUGCUGCGGAGUAACGGAUAUAGGAUUGCAAAGCACAAGAAGAAACCCACUAAUAGACAUCGGAGGUGCGAGGUUGAGAGGCAACCAGCAUUUAUGCCAUAUGUGAGGGGAGUGACAGAUAAGGUUGCCAACAUUCUCCACAAAUAUGCCAUAAAGACUGUCUUCACUCCUUUCCGGAAAGUUUCCCAGGUGCUGCGUUCGCCGAAGGAUAGCUUCCCUCUAGAAAAACCUGGGGUCUAUAAAGUGGACUUUUACACUCGCGCCCUGCACCUGUCCGGCAAUAACUCCACACCAAGUACUAUCAUUUCCGCUAUUUAG